AUGGAUUCAGAGAUAUACGACAUUGCAAGAGGGUUGUAUGAUUCCAAAGUUAACAUAAAAAGGCCACCAAGUGCGGCCCAACACAGUGUUUACACAACCAGUUUUAGGGGGCCCCCGCCUUGUCUCCCCCAAGUUCAUGCAAAAGAAAAGAAAAGAAGACCUUAUAGUGCAAAGGGGAGGAUAACAUCAGACACAUCAGAAGUAGUAGGCAAACCAAGAUUGCCUUGGAGACCAUUCUCUGGACAUGCUGCCCUCAAUCGACCCACUUUCUUGGCGGACGAUGAUUGUGACACCAAUGUCAACAAGAAGGUGACCAAGAAGGUACAAUUAAUAAAUAUCAACACUGCUUCACAGGAGCAAGAGCCUCUCAGUGACUUAACAGCGUUACCAAAAGUAUAUCAUAACAGGUCUUUACCUAAAAGUCUUUUGAGUCUGAGUCAGUGGCUUACAGAUGAUAUUCCUGAUGACUGGCCCUCUUGCUAUCAGCCGCAACACAGUUUUGUGUUUCUUCCUUGUGUUACUGCAGGAGAGUGUGAUGGUUUGCCUGGUGUUCCACCAGUUCAGCAACCCGAGGAUUCGCUGAUAUACAAUCCUGCACCGCAACNAAAGAAGACCUUAUAGUGCAAAGGGGAGGAUAACAUCAGACACAUCAGAAGUAGUAGGCAAACCAAGAUUGCCUUGGAGACCAUUCUCUGGACAUGCUGCCCUCAAUCGACCCACUUUCUUGGCGGACGAUGAUUGUGACACCAAUGUCAACAAGAAGGUGACCAAGAAGGUACAAUUAAUAAAUAUCAACACUGCUUCACAGGAGCAAGAGCCUCUCAGUGACUUAACAGCGUUACCAAAAGUAUAUCAUAACAGGUCUUUACCUAAAAGUCUUUUGAGUCUGAGUCAGUGGCUUACAGAUGAUAUUCCUGAUGACUGGCCCUCUUGCUAUCAGCCGCAACACAGUUUUGUGUUUCUUCCUUGUGUUACUGCAGGAGAGUGUGAUGGUUUGCCUGGUGUUCCACCAGUUCAGCAACCCGAGGAUUCGCUGAUAUACAAUCCUGCACCGCAACUUAAAAAAUAUAAGCCUCCAAAACCAAGAUUUAAACACUUGUAUGAUGGUGAAGCCAAAGAAAGAAAACAAUGUUGUCAUAAGGGUUCCAGGCUCAACCAGGGACCUUCACAUGCAGUUAGUGUGAUUGAUGAUAGAUAUAAGGGAAUGCGGACAGUAGAUAUCAUUAGACAAGAGAUUGAGGACCUUGAAAGACUUUUGGAGGGAAUUGGAAACCCGACAGGUUCAUCUGUAGUGGUUCGAUAUCAGCAUGAUAUCAAUCAUCUAAGGAACAUGCUUCAGACAACCCUUGAUGGGUGUGAAUUAGAUGAUAGUACCCCACAGUGUUUGACUCCAGUGGCUGUGUGUUUCCAAGAAGAUCUGAUUAGGUAUCCCGACCAACAUGAACAGAUUUUUAAAACUAUAAAGCAACGUAGAGAUCAGUGUGUUCAAGAGCUAGCAGAUAUUGAGCAUGAGAUCAUGGAAAAUGAUACUUGAUUGAUACCACUUUACUAUGCAUGGC